AUGGAGGGUGAAAACAUAACCAGAACCAGGUCGUCUACUCGGACGCGCCUACCACAGGCCGGCCUACGGGAGGCCACCUCCGCGACGACCAACUCGCGCUCCGGCAUCAUGGCGCCGGGUACAAUUGCAAACAAGGCUAUGAGCAUGUCGCGUAUGGAAGACCCUCACUCGUUGGCGCAACAUAAACUGACAGCGCCGGAAGCAACCCGCCCGAAAACCGCAAACCCAGAAACAAAGAGACCUGGAUCCGUCACCCGACAGCCUAGUAUUACGACCAGAGCGCAUAGCCGGGGCAACUCGUAUUCAUCUUCCACCAUAUCCCGGCCGACUGCACCUGCAUCUCGCGCAGCCAAUGGCACCUUUUCCUCAACCGUCGGCCCCGGCACACGCCCAGCAUCGGCCAUGUCCCGGCAUCAAUCAUCCUUUAACGGCCGCAGACCCGUUGGCGCAUCGAUUCCGCGCGCAGCGAGCGCAUUGGAUACCCAUAUGGAAGAUGUCUCUCCCAGUGUGCUAGGAAAACGAAAGGGAUUGGACGAAGGUUGGAAUGGGUCCUUCCAACCAAGCAACUAUCCCCGUGUUGCCCAGUACCCCAUUCCGGAAUGUUUCCACUGUUACCACCCCAAAGUCACUUGGAUACGUCCAACCCUCCUCUUCCUCGUCUUUUUCACCACCCCUAUCGCACUCUCCAGGACCCCAUCACAUUCCCAGGGGCGUAUUGUCAAGAAAUCCUCCCACCCCGCGUUUUUGACCAAAGGUUCUUCGAUCAGAAGUUUUGACAAUAUCACAGGCCCGGAAUGGGAUCAAGCCUCUCGCGAAAAGAGCAUGGAGGGAUUGAUGCAGACUUUUAUGGCCCAGGUAAACCAACAAGGUCAAGCAAGCUCUGGUCUCAAGGAGACGGUUGAACUGUACAAGUCAAGAAUCAACGAGCUCGAAGCCUCUCGGGAUGAGGUGAAAGAACUCAAUAUUACCCAGCGCGUGGAAUUAGAUUCGCUGCGGAACCAGCUACGUACGGCAGAGCAGGCGCGUAAAGAGGACAAGCGAGACUAUGAAAUCGCCAUGGAUGAUCUUUGCCAGCGCCAGCGCAUUGAAUUGGAUUCGGUCCAACAGCAAAACAGAAAAGAAAUUGCCGCAAUCACUGACCGACACCAAGAGGAGGUUCGCGACCUGAAGCGACGAUUCGAUCGUGAGAUUGAAGACGAAAAAGCAGCACGACUAACUGCGCUCGGGAAGCUCACUUCCCAAUCUGCACUUGAUACCCAGAAGUCCCAAAUCGAAUUGGAAAAGAAGGACCGCGAAAUUGCGACAUUGCAUGAUGGGCUACAGACCCUGAAGGCGGAACUCGAUCGUGAACGAAGAAAUGUGCACGAACUCAAACUCAAUUUGGAUACUACAAGCAGCAACAGUGUUACACUGGAAUCAUCAGUUCGUGCUCUUAAGGCACGCAUUGAGUUCCUUGAAAGUGGACGGGAGGAACAGUCCAAAUCUUUUGAGCGGUGCAACCAGCAGAUGAUGGAUGCAUUUGCCGAGACAGAGGCAAUAAAGGAGAAGCUGCGCAGGGAAGAAACACUCCGGCGCAAACUUCAUAACCAAGUGCAAGAGCUCAAAGGCAAUAUCCGCGUGUUUUGCCGAGUUCGCCCCUCACUUAAGAGUGAACCUGCCUCCGAUCUCACUCUCAUGCAGUAUCCCGAUGAAACCGACGACGGGAAGGAGAUUAAUAUCCUUGGCCCUGAAGAGAGGAGCAGCCUUGGAACAGUUAGCCGGAAGAACAACACUUUCUCAUUUGAUCGUGUAUUCAAUCCAUCCACCCAGAACGCCGAGGUUUUUGAUGAGAUUAGCCAGCUUGUUCAGAGCGCACUGGAUGGCUACAAUGUUUGCAUUUUCUGUUAUGGCCAAACUGGUAGUGGCAAGACGCAUACAAUGUCAUCGGCCGACGGCAUGAUCCCUCGUGCUGUUCACCAGAUUUACGAGACCGCGCAAGGUCUCGAAGAGAAGGGUUGGCGGUACUCAAUGGCCGGUAACUUUAUCGAAGUUUACAACGAAAAUCUCAAUGAUCUUUUGGGCAACCCGGAUGAAUUGGAUAAGAAGAAGCAUGAGAUUCGCCAUGACAUGCAGCGGGGCAAGACUACUAUCACCGAUAUUACAACUGUCAAUCUGGACUCUCCCGAGAUGGUUGAGACUAUUCUCAAGAAUGCGGAUGCCAACCGCUCGGUAGCAGCGACCAAGGCCAACGAGCGCUCCUCGCGGUCUCACUCUGUCUUCAUUCUCAAGCUCACCGGCCAGAACCACAUCACUGGAGAACGCAGCGAAGGCACGCUGAACCUCGUUGACUUGGCAGGAAGCGAACGUCUGAGCCACAGUGGGGCGACUGGCGAGCGUCUGAAAGAGACUCAAAACAUCAACCGUAGUCUUAGCUCUCUAGGCGAUGUGAUUUCUGCUCUCGGCCAAGGGAAAGAGGGAGGUCACAUCCCAUACCGGAACAGCAAGCUCACCUACUUGCUCCAAUUCUCCUUGGGUGGAAACUCUAAGACUCUCAUGUUCGUUAUGGUCAGUCCUCUCCAGGCGCACAUGUCGGAGACCUUGACUAGCUUGAAGUUCGCCACCAAAGUACACAACACCCACAUUGGCACCGCAAAGCGACAGGCGCGUGUUCGUGACGCCUGA